AUGGUUCAAAACUCUCGCUUCGAAACCAUGGCUUCUCGCUUCUCUCCCUCUCGUCUGCGCAACUCUUUGCGCCGCAGCUCAUCGGCUUCAACUUCCACGCAAGCCUCUUACUCGUCCACCAACACUACGAGCUCAUCUGCUGCUGUCACAAUCAACAGCAUCAUCUCUCGUCAGCCUUCUCUGCUGAACCUGGAAGCUGAACGCAAGAGCUUCGGGAGCGAGCUGAGUCUCCUUGAGCCCAGGCCCAUCGUCUACUGGGGCAGUGUGGAGGAGCGUAUGGGAUAG